AUGGCCGCCAUUCUCUUGAAGGCCAGACCCAAGGUGCCAGUAUCUUUUGAAGACGUGUCCGUGUACUUCACCAAGACAGAAUGGAAGCUUCUGGACCUCAGACAAAGGAUCCUCUACAAGAGAGUGAUGCUGGAGAACUAUCGCCAUUUGGCGUCACUGGGAUUUUUAUCCUCCAAGCCUCACCUGGUCUCCUGGCUGGAACAAGGGGAGGGGCCCCGGGCAGCAGACACCUGCCGAACACGGGCCGCGGCGGGGAUGCAGAAAGGUGACAGGAUAAAGAACAGGACAUUGGUUUCAAAGCAGAAGCAUUGCCUCAAAGAACUCACAAGGACCGAUCUUCAGGCCGGUAACAAGAGCCAGGUGGCCAGGCCACCCGGGGAAACGCUUGAGCGCGGAGCGGAACGUGCUCAUUCUCCACAGACAGGUUCCGGCGGGGUUGACCCCCCCGGGGAGAAAGGUCAGAGCAGCUCCUUGGGGGACGGAAGAGAGAUGCGGCAGAGAAGUAGCCCCAGUGGUUGGCAGGAGUCAGUUCGAAGGCAGCAGGGUUCCAGAGGCACGGAGAAGCGUUACCUAUGUCAGCAGUGUGGGAAAUCCUUCAGCCGCAGCUCCAACCUCAUCAAGCACCGGGUCAUCCACAGCGGCGAGAAGCCGUACGAGUGCCCCGAGUGCGGGAAGCUCUUCCGGCGCAGCUUCGCGCUGCUGGAGCACCAGCGCAUCCACAGCGGCGAGAAGCCCUUUGUGUGCAGCGAGUGCGGCAAGGCCUUUACGCGCAGCUCCAACCUCAUCAAGCACCAAAUCAUCCACAGUGGCGAGAAGCCCUACAAGUGCCCCGAGUGCGGGAAGCCCUUCCGGCGCAGCUUCGCGCUGCUGGAGCACCAGCGCAUCCACAGCGGCGAGCGGCCCUACGCGUGCAGCAGGUGCGGGAAGGCCUUCAGCAGGAGCUCCAACCUCAUCGAGCACCAGCGCACCCACAGCGGCGAGAAGCCCUACACGUGCAGCCAGUGUCCGAAAGCCUUCAAGGGCGUCUCCCAGCUCAUCCACCACCAGCGCCUCCACAGCGGGGAGAAGCCCUUCAAGUGCAAAGAGUGCGGGAAGGCCUUCCGGGGCUGCUCGGGUCUCAGUCAGCACCAGCGGGCGCACAGCGGGGAGAAGCCCUACGAGUGCAGUGAGUGUGGGAGGGCCUUCAGCCGGCGAGCCAACCUCUUCAAGCACCAGGCCGUUCACAGCCCGCAGAGGCCCUACGAAUGUCAAGACUGCGGGAGGCCCUGCGCGAGCGGCCCGUGCGCCGAGGGCCGCGGAGCCUUCCAGGGGAAGCGGGGGCUGGGCCAUCCCCGGAAGCCCCGUGGCGGCGCGAGGCCCUCGGAGAAGAGUGACCGCGAAAAGGCGCCGGCCUCUUUGGCCCUCGGAAGGCCGCCUGCCGAGCCGCACCCGGAGGGCGAGACCCUCGGGGGAGCCUCGGAGGGUGCGGCGGCCCCCCGCGCCGUCUGA